GCUUGCCCACCCUGAUCGCCCGCCGCCAUGGGCUCCUCGCAGAGUGUCGAGAUCCCAGGCGGGGGCACGGAGGGCUACCACGUCCUGCGAGUGCAAGAAAAUUCCCCAGGAUAUAGAGCUGGACUGGAGCCUUUCUUUGAUUAUGUUUCUAUUAAUGGUUCAAGACUAAAUAAAGACAAUGACACGCUUAAGGAUCUACUGAAAGCAAAUGUCGAAAAGCCUGUAAAAAUGCUUAUCUAUAGCAGCAAAACACUGGAGCUGCGAGAGACCUCAGUCACACCGAGUAACAUGUGGGGUGGCCAGGGCUUGUUGGGAGUGAGCAUUCGUUUCUGCAACUCUGAUGGGGCAAAUGAAAACGUUUGGCAUGUAUUGGAAGUAGAAUCAAAUUCUCCUGCAGCACUGGCAGGUCUUAGACCUCACAGUGAUUAUAUCAUUGGAGCAGAUACAGUCAUGAAUGAGUCUGAAGAUCUAUUCAGCCUUAUUGAAACACAUGAAGCAAAGCCACUGAAACUUUACGUGUACAACACAGACACUGAUAACUGUCGAGAAGUGAUUAUUACACCAAAUUCUGCAUGGGGUGGAGAAGGCAGCCUAGGAUGUGGCAUUGGAUAUGGUUACUUGCAUCGAAUACCUACACGCCCAUUUGAAGAAGGAAAGAAAAUUUCUCUUCCAGGACAAAUGACUGGUACACCUAUUACUCCUCUUAAAGAUGGAUUUACAGAGGUCCAGCUGUCCUCAGUUAAUCCCCCAUCUUUGUCACCACCAGGAACUACAGGAAUUGAACAGGGUCUGUCUGGACUUUCCAUUAGCCCAACUCCACCAGCUGUCAGUAAUGUUCUCACUACAGGUGUACCAACAGUACCGUUAUUGCCACCACAAAUAACCCAGUCCCUCACUCCUGUGCCACCAGUGAACCCAACCACUACAUUACCAAGUCUGAUUCCUUUACCAGCAGGACUCCCCAACCUGCCCAACCUCCCCAACCUUAUUUUCUUUUUCAGAUGUGAUUUGGAAAGGCACAGCGCUGGGUUUAGCAUUAAGGAUGUUGGAGUAGAAAAGGACCUUGGAGGUUGGUUUAAGUCCCCACCAGCUCACUUCUCAGUGGGCAUCCACUUCCACCUCUGUAAUCCCGCUGCUUGCUUCUGGGCUGAGCGCCCAGCUGUGCACCUUGGUGAGGCAGCUGAUGCAAAAUGA